AUGGGUAAGCACCAUACGACGGCAGCAGUAUCGGUUGAGCUGCAGCUCCGUCAGCGCCUCGCCUUCCGUGCGUCCAUCGAGAAGCAGGGCCAGGUAGGCAUCCCACUUAUCACCCACAACCUUGCCGCAGCUAAAGCAGCGUACUGGGAUAAUCUGGUCUGGUCAGCCAACUCGUUCUACACACCAUCACGAGGAGCGCAGUGGAAAGACGACACAAGCACGCCGGGCGGCGACCAGGACGAGGCAAAAAAUUCGUAG